AUGUCUGAUAUUGAUGAUACUACAGAUGCUAACCAGCAACUCUCUGCUACUUCUCCGCACAACGCAAACUCGGUAACCACUGACUCCACCGAUAACCAAGUCAGUUCCACAAUUACCAAUUCAAACUCCGCUGUCACAGAUCCAACAAGUGAUUCUGUAAAUACUCCAGGAAAUCAAGAUGUCGUAGCAACUGCAGGGAACUCCACUGCAGGGAACUCAGUCGAUACCCCAGGUUCAGGUUCUGCUACUGAUGGUCCUAAAGAAAGAAGAAAAAUAGAAAUUAAAUUCAUUGAAAAUAAAACAAGACGUCAUGUCACAUUCUCCAAGAGAAAACAUGGUAUCAUGAAAAAGGCUUUUGAGUUAUCUGUACUAACAGGUACUCAAGUCUUAUUAUUGGUCGUUUCAGAAACUGGGUUGGUCUACACUUUUUCCACUCCAAAAUUCGAACCAAUUGUUACACAACAAGAAGGUAGAAAUUUAAUUCAAGCUUGUUUAAAUGCUCCAGAUGAUGAUGAUGACGAUGAUGGUAAUAAUAAUAAUGACGGUGAACAACAGAAUGUCAUCCAAGCUAAUGAACAAGCUCAAAUGGGUCAAAUAACAAACGGAAUGACUCAACAACAACAAUUGGCCACUCUUCAACAACAACAGCAACAACAACAGCAACCGCAACAACAGCAAAUGCAACAUCCUGCCAUGGGUAUGAACCCUCAACAAGGUCAACAAGGUCAACAAGGCCAAAUACCAACCUCUGUAGGUGAACAUUUACAAAAUCAAUUACAAAAGACUGCGGAUAAUGGUAUAAAGCAAGAAUUACAAAAACCAAUGGAUCAAAACCAAAUGGUUGGAAUAAUACCUAACCAUAAUCAAAACGUUCAAGUUCAAAACGCUCAAGGUAAUCCACAUCUGAUACCAUUACAGAAUGGUGCCGCCAUGCAACAGCAUAUGGCUCAACAACAAGGUAAUCCAAUGCAACAACAACCACAGCAACAACAACAACCACAACAACCUAUUGGUGGUAUGAUGACUAAUGAACAAUUACAUGCUCAACAACAAGCUCAAGCACAACACGCACAAGCCCAACAAGCUCAAGCUCAACAACAAUCUCAUCAACAAAUGAUGCAAGGCCAUCCUGAGAUGCAGGGUAAUCCAAAUCAACAACAAAACUUCCAAAACUUAGCCAAUCAAUACUUAAGUUCAGAUCAAAAUGCUGUUUAUCAACAGUAUUUCCAAGAAUCUCAACAAGGUCAAUAUUAA